AUGGUUGUGGCCGCGGCGGCGGCGCGGCGGAGGCGGGUGUGGCGGUGGGCCAUGCGGGCGGUGGCCAGCGCGGUGCUGUGGACGGCCGUGGUGCAGCUGGCGUCCAUCGCCGGGGUCUGGCGCCCCAGGGUCCUCGCGGAUUGCUGGGGAGGAGGAGGCUCCGGUGGUGCCGCGGCCGGUCUGGCCGCGCUCGCCGGCGAGGACCGGACUGCCGCGCGGCUCUCCCCUCUGGCGCUCGUGCCCAGGAGAGUUUAUAGAAGCAAUGGCUAUCUAAUAGUGACUUGCAAUGGAGGCCUCAAUCAAAUGCGAGCUGGGAUAUGCGAUAUGGUGACCAUAGCACGCCAUCUGAAUCUAACACUAGUGGUCCCUGAACUGGAUAAAAGAUCUUUUUGGGCUGAUCCAAGUGAUUUUGGAGAUAUAUUUGAUGUACACCACUUUAUUAAUUCCUUAAGAGAUGAACUGAGGAUUGUCAAAGCACUGCCACUGAAACUCCAGAUAAAAACUAGGAGAAGACUUUAUUCGAUGCCCCCUAUCAGCUGGUCAAAUGAUACGUACUACCUAAAGCAGGUAUUACCUAUUGCAAGGAAGCACAAAGUAAUCCAUUUCAAUAAAACAGAUGCCCGCCUUGCAAACAAUGGCCUUCCUGUGCAUCUCCAAAUGCUGCGUUGCCGUGUCAACUUUGAGGCUUUGAGAUUCACUCCACAGAUCGAGGCACUCGGCAGAAAACUUAUAUCCACCCUUCAGAAAAGUGGGCAAUUUGUUGUGCUUCACUUACGCUAUGAAAUGGAUAUGCUCGCCUUUUCAGGCUGCGCACAUGGCUGUUCUGGCAAAGAAACCGAGGAGCUCACCAGAAUGAGAUAUGCAUAUCCAUGGUGGAAAGAAAAGGAGAUUGAUUCUGAGUUCAAGAGGCUUCAAGGACUUUGUCCCCUCACACCCGAGGAAAUUACUCUAGUGCUUAAAGCUCUAGGAUUUACGAAGGAUACAUUGAUAUAUAUUGCCUCUGGUGAAAUCUAUGGAGGCGAAAGGCGUUUGGCUGCUUUGAGGGCUGCUUAUCCUAAAUUGGUAAGGAAGGAAAAGCUUUUAUCUCCUGAUGAACUCCGGCCAUUCCAGAACCAUUCAACCCAGAUGGCAGCACUGGACUACAUGGUUUCGAUAGCAAGUGAUGUUUUUAUCCCCAGUUACGAUGGAAAUAUGGCAAGGGUUGUUGAAGGUCAUCGCAGGUAUACCGGAUUUCGCAAGACCAUCUUAUUAGACAGGGUGAAACUUGUUGAACUCCUCGAUCUUUUCCAAGGAGGUAAACUGUCCUGGGAUGAAUUCUCCGCAGCUGUGAAGGUGGCACACCAGAACCACAUGGGCCAACCAACAGACCGAAGGGCCAUCCCUGGCAGGCCCAAGGAAGAGGACUAUUUCUAUGCUAAUCCCCAAGAAUGCCUUGGUUCCAAAGGGGGAUUGAGAGAUGUUUUGUGACGAUGCUUCCCGGAAAAGCAUUUGAUGCUUUAUCUGAUAGAGUAGCACUAACCUGGCGGCGCCAUCGCUUCUGUACAGCUGACCGGGGCUCGCUCCGCUAACCGAGUGUUUACUCCAGUCUCAGGCAGAACUCACAUGUCAAAUACCUAUAGCCAGAUGUCCUCACAGAAUAAAGCUGAAAAGGAACUUGAGACCUCCCGGUCCGGAAAGAAGAGAGCUGCCAAUCUGGUCUGCUUUUUUCCCCCACCUUCAGCUAUGGUUGUUGUAGUUCUUCAUUGAUUUGUCAUUCUUUCAGUGCACUCCACCUUCUACAUAAUCUAUGCUUUCGUCUAGGGUUCUGGCUGUGAUCAUGAGAAUGUAGAACUGGGCGAGUGUGAUGAGGAGUUCCCUCGGAAGUUUUCUUUUGUACUCCGUUAGUAGUCACCACGGUCUUCUGAAAUUUCAUGAUAUAAACAUUACUCUGGACACUGUACGAGGUUUCAUUUGAUCUACAAAAAGAUGAUUGCUUUA